AUGGUAAAUUUUAUACAUAAACCUAUAAAUUGCUUUAGUUAUUUUAUAAUUUUUUUCAAAGUUUGGUCGAGAAGAAUGCGAAGGAACGACUUACAAAUCUCAGGCAAACUUCACUCCGUCGAUCAAUAUCUCAACAUAAAGCUUACAAACGUCACCGCUAAUGACACUCAACGUUAUCCGCAUCUGGUACUUAUUUAUAAAUUGUCUGUAGUAAAUUGUUUUGUUCGCGGGUCUGUAGUCCGCUAUGUAUUUUUUAAUCCGUCUGAUAUAAAUACUGAGGAAUUGCAAGAACUAUGUAGAAGGCAAGCAAUGAAGCUAAAUCUUGACAAAUCUCACUAA